GCCGAGGAAGCUUGUCAGUCUCUCUUGUAAAGGGAGUGCGGCGUGCACAGAUAUCCCGGCUUUUGUCUCAGGAGCAAAAGGCACACGUCUUCACAAAAUGAAACGAGUUUGGGUCGUAGGUGUACUCUUCGCACUCUUAGCUUUUGCUGCUGUAAAGGCAGAGGAUGAAGUCGACAUCGAUGGGACAGUGGAGGAGGAUCUUGGUAAAAGCAGAGAUGGCUCAAGAACAGAUGACGAGGUGGUUCAGAGAGAGGAGGAGGCUAUCCAGCUGGACGGACUGAAUGCAGCUCAGAUCAAGGAGCUCAGAGAAAAGUCUGAAAAACACGCCUUUCAGGCUGAAGUCAACAGAAUGAUGAAGCUGAUCAUCAACUCCCUCUACAAAAACAAGGAGAUCUUCCUCAGGGAGCUGAUUUCCAACGCCUCAGACGCUCUGGAUAAGAUCCGCUUGUUGUCCCUGACCAAUGAGGAUGCGAUGGCCUCCAAUGAAGAGCUGACCAUAAAAAUAAAAUCUGAUAAGGAGAAAAACAUGCUGCACAUCACUGACACCGGUGUGGGAAUGACCAAAGACGAGCUGGUGAGGAACUUGGGCACCAUCGCCAAGUCCGGCACCAGCGAGUUCCUCAACAAGAUGACAGAGAUGCAGGCAGAGGAUCAGUCAACUUCAGAGUUGAUUGGUCAGUUCGGUGUGGGUUUCUACUCCGCUUUCCUUGUAGCUGACAAGGUCAUCGUCACAUCCAAACACAACAACGACACUCAGCACAUCUGGGAGUCCGACUCCAACCAGUUCUCUGUCAUUGAGGAUCCCAGAGGGGACACACUGGGCAGAGGAACCACCAUCACUCUGGUUCUGAAAGAGGAGGCCUCAGACUACCUGGAGCUGGAGACCAUCAAGAACCUUGUCAAGAAAUACUCUCAGUUCAUCAACUUCCCCAUCUAUGUUUGGGCCAGCAAGACUGAGACAGUUGAAGAGCCAGUCGAAGAAGAUGCUGAGGCAGCAGAGGAGCCAGAGAAGGAGGCUUCUGAAGAUGAUGUGGAGGUGGAGGAAGAGGAGGAGGACAAAGACAAGCCAAAGACAAAGAAGGUUGAGAAGACCGUGUGGGACUGGGAGCUCAUGAACGACAUCAAGCCAAUCUGGCAGAGACCAGCCAAGGAGGUUGAGGAGGAUGAGUACACGGCUUUCUACAAGACCUUCUCGAAGGACAGCGAAGACCCUCUGGCUCACAUUCACUUCACAGCAGAGGGAGAGGUCACCUUCAAGUCCAUCCUGUUUGUGCCCACUUCAGCUCCACGCGGUCUGUUUGACGAGUACGGCUCCAAGAAGAACGACUACAUCAAGCUGUUUGUGAGGAGAGUUUUCAUCACUGAUGACUUCAACGACAUGAUGCCCAAGUACCUGAACUUCAUCAAGGGUGUGGUUGACUCUGACGACCUUCCACUGAAUGUGUCCAGAGAGACUCUGCAGCAGCACAAACUGCUCAAGGUUAUUCGCAAGAAGCUGGUGCGCAAGACUUUGGACAUGAUCAAGAAGAUUGCAGAGGAACAGUAUAACGAGAAGUUCUGGAAGGAGUUUGGAACCAACAUCAAGCUGGGCGUCAUCGAGGAUCACUCCAACAGGACCCGUCUGGCUAAGCUGCUCCGCUUCCAGACUUCACACAGUGAGAAGGAGCUGAGCAGCCUUGAGCAGUACGUGGAGCGCAUGAAGGAGAAGCAGGACAAGAUCUACUUCAUGGCUGGUACCAGCAGGAAGGAGGCUGAGUCUUCUCCCUUCGUGGAGAGGCUGCUAAAGAAGGGCUAUGAAGUUGUCUACCUCACUGAGCCUGUGGAUGAAUACUGCAUCCAGGCUCUGCCUGAGUUUGAUGGAAAACGCUUCCAGAACGUGGCAAAGGAGGGUGUCAAAUUCGAUGAAAGUGACAAGGCAAAGGAGAAGAGGGAGGCUUUGGAGAAGGAGUAUGAACCUCUCACCACUUGGCUGAAGGACAAGGCUCUUAAGGACAAGAUUGAGAAGGCCGUCCUUUCUCAGAGGCUCACUGACUCCCCCUGCGCUCUGGUUGCCAGUCAGUACGGCUGGUCAGGAAACAUGGAGAGGAUCAUGAAGGCACAGGCCUACCAGACAGGAAAAGACAUUUCCACAAGUUAUUAUGCAAGCCAGAAGAAAACAUUAGAAAUCAACCCCAAACAUCCUCUCGUCAAGCAGAUGCUGAACAGAGUCAACGCAGACGCUGAGGACCAGACUGCGUCAGAUCUGGCCAUGGUUCUGUUUGAGACAGCCACGCUGCGGUCAGGGUACCAGCUGGCCGACACAAAGGCUUAUGGAGACAGGAUAGAGCGCAUGCUCCGACUCAGCAUGAAUGUACCUCUGGAUGAACAGGUGAAGCCAGCAGAAGACGACGACUCUGAAGAUAAAGAGGAAGCUAUGGAUGAUGAUGAUGAUGAUGAAGAAUCGCAAACGGGUCUGGUCCACACUCAUAGACUGAUAACAGGAAUGAGUAUAGAAAUUCCUGAAGGACUGACGGAGCUGUUACAGAGCUUUACCGUGGAAGUGUUGAGGAAUCAGCCCAGGGAUUUGCUCGAGUUUGCAUUGCAGUAUUUCACCCAGCUGAAGGAAAAGGAGACCAAAGAGGCCUCGUUUGGCAAUGACCAAAAUUCGGCCCCGAGACCUGGAAAAGCGGUCAAUUUCAUUGACGAAGCGAUGCAGAUUGAUUCGGAAAACGGAGAGGAGGACGACGACGAUGACGAAGAAUUUAUAGCCCCGGUUAUAAACAGAUUCAACAGAAGAGCAUCAGUGUGUGCCGAAGCAUUCAACCCUGAUGAAGAUGAGGAGGAAAAAGAGCCAUGGAUCACCCACCCCAAAACCGACGAACAGAGACAGAGACUACAGGAAGCGUGUAGGGACAUUCUUCUGUUUAAGAAUUUGGAUCCAGAAGAGAUGUCUCAGGUGCUGGAUGCCAUGUUUGAGAAGUUCUGCACUGAAGGGGAGCACAUCAUUGAUCAAGAUGAUGAUGGGGACAACUUUUAUGUCAUUGAAAGUGGGACCUUUAAUAUUUUUGUGAAGGUGGAUGGCGCAGAGAAGCUGGUGGGUUGCUAUGACAACCGAGGCAGCUUUGGAGAGCUGGCACUGAUGUACAACACCCCCAGGGCAGCCACAAUAAUCGCCACCUCGCCUGGAGCCCUUUGGUGCCUAGAUCGUCUGACAUUCAGGAGGAUCAUCGUGAAGAACAAUGCCAAGAAGAGGAAGAUGUAUGAAGCGUUCAUUGAAACACUACCACUGCUUACGUCAUUAGAGCUCUCAGAAAGAAUGAAGGUGGUAGACGUAUUAUCCAGCAAGGUGUACAAUGAUACACAGCAGAUCAUUGCUCAGGGUGAUUUAGCAGAUUGCUUCUAUAUUGUUGAGUCCGGCCAAGUAAGAAUCACCAUGAGAAGAAGCAGGACGAAAAAAGAUCAGGAGGAUGAGGAGAUGGAUAUCGCCACAUGCACAAGGGGCCAGUAUUUCGGGGAGUUGGCACUAGUGACAAACAAGCCAAGAGCUGCUUCCGCCUAUGCUGUGGGGAGCGUCAAAUGCCUGGUCUUGGAUGUCAAAGCCUUCGAGAGGUUGUUGGGCCCGUGCAUGGACAUCAUGAAAAGAAACAUAGCGAACUACGAGGAGCAGCUGGUGACCCUAUUUGGGAGUAGCACUGAGAUUGAGCAACAAAGUGCAUGAGAAGGCUCCAAUGGACCAUGGAAACAAAUUUUCUCAUAAUCACUUUAACAGCUUUUCUUACAAGAAAUGUGAAUAUUCAUUCCAACAUUUGUGUGUCCAACAAACAAGUCAGAUCCCCAGAAUGAAAAAUGGUUGAUGUUGAAGGCUGCCACAAUGC